AUGAGGGGGGCGGGGCCAACUGAUGGGUCCCCCCCCCAGGAGGGGGAGGGGCCUCCGGAAGAGGGGGGCGGGGCCUUGACCCCCCCCCUGCUCCUCGCUGUGGUCGCGGCCGCCCUGGGCUCGGUCCAAGUGGGCUUCAAUGUGGGGGUGCUCAAUGUGCCCUAUAGGGCUCUGUGGUUCUCCUCCAACUCCUCGCUGUGGCCCCGCGGCCCCUCCCCCCCCCUGGCCCUGCCCCUCCUCCCCCUGGGGGCGGUGCCUGCGGCCCUGGCGGCCGCGCCCGCGGCGGAGCGGCUCGGACGGAAAGGCGCCCUAUUGGCCAGCAAUGGGCUGGCGGUGAUUGGAGGAGCCCUGAUGGGCGGGGCCAAGCUCGGCCCCACCUACGCCCUCGUCGUCAUUGGCCGAUUGGUUACGGGCCUGCACUCAGGCCUGGCCUCGGGAUUGGUCCCCUUGUACCUGGAGGAGGUGGCCCCGCCCCGCCUGCAGGGGGCGCUGGGCGCCGUGCACGAGGCCGGCGUCGCCCUCGGGAUGCUGACGUCACAGGUGCUGGCUCUGCCGCCGCUGCUGGGCUCGGCGCGGGCGCUGCCGGCGCUCCUGGCCCUGGGGCUGCUCCCGACCGCGCUCCAGCUCCUGCUGCUGCCAAUGGGGCCCGGAGGCUCAGGCCCCGCCCCCUCGCUGACGUUGCCGCAGUUGUGGGGCCGGGCCCAGCUCCGGCAGCCAAUGGCGAUCGCGGUGGGCGUGGCGCUGGGGAAGGAGCUGGCGGGGAUCGGAGCGCUCUAUUACUACUCGACGGCCAUCUUUGAGAGGGCGGGGCUAGCGCAGCCCACGUGGGCCACGGUGGCCACUGGCGUCAUCAACAUGGCCGCCACCGUGCUGGCGGGGGCGCUGUUGCGGAGGGCGGGGCGCCGGGCGCUGCUGAUUGGUGGGCUCCUGGGGAUGGCGGCGGGCGUGGCCGUGAUGACGUUGGGGCUGAGCCUGACGGCCCCAUGGCCUCUGCCCCCCGCUCUCUCCGUGCUUGGGGGGCUCCUCGUGGUCUCCUCCUUCGCCGUGGGGCCGGGCUUUGCCCCACAUCUGCUCCCGGCCGAGCUCUUCCCUAUGGGGCCGGCUCGGGUGGGCGCUGCCGGGGUCACAGCGGCCGUGGUGUGGGUCGGCAAUGGGGCAGUGGCGGCGGCUGUGCCUGCUAUGGAGUGGCGGCGGCUGUGCCUGCUAUGGAGGUAA